AUUUAGAACUUCAUGAAAUAUUAUUGUGUGUAAAAAAAUGGUACUCUAAAAUAGAAGACAGAUAUUUCUAUGCAGAUUUUAUUGAGAUUUUAACUAAGUGGAAUUUGACAAAUUUGAAAUUUUAUCGUGAUAAUCGCUGUCGUGAUAACCACGAUGAGCUUUUCUGUGACUGUGAUGAAAAUACGUUUUUUUCUGGUGAUUGUGAUACGCUGUUUUUUUAUCCUUUACAGAAAGUGGGAACUUUACCAGUAAAAUAUCAAAUGCUUAUAGAAAUGCAUGAUAAAGAAGAUGAUGAGUUCGUUGGUAGAUAUGACCUGGAAGAGUUUAUUUCAAAUAGUUUAAAGCAGUGGGCUAUAGAAAACAUUGAUACCCACGGAAUAUCUGAAUUUGCCAAAGCUAUUAAUAAUGCAACUUUGAAUCUUUGUGAUGUAGUAAAGUUUUUAAAGGAUGAAAGAACGCAAAGAGAAAUAACAAAAAUGCAAACAACAUUUAGUUAUUUAACAGUCACUGGCAUUCAAAAUGCAAAAAAAAUUAAUUGUGUUUGCCGUUAUCAUAAAAUAAGCUUUCUUAAGUUAAUGGAGAAACCUUUCAUACAACUAGUCAAUAAUUAUAAUAGUUAUGAAGAUUCCUAUAUCAAAAAACAAGGAAAACGUUUUAAGGAUCUUUUAUUAGAUCAUUUACCAUUUAGCAUACUUUCUGAAAUAUUACAACUAUUUAGUCCUCUAGUAAAUACUAUAUGUAAUUAUAAUCCUCUAUCUAUAGAAGAAUAUAUGGAGAAUAUAGAAAACAUUUUUAUUAACGCAGAUAAUAUGCUAAAUGAGCUUCA